CGGCGUGUGCCUAGGGCAGCGGGUCACCAGGCUCCGCCCCCCGGCCGCCCGGCCUAGGGGACGGCACUUUGUUCAGGAUGCCGCCUCCUUCUCGUCGUGGAGCGGGAGCCGGCGGCUGCCCUAGUGAGAGGCUGGAGGCCGGGGAGCGUAGCACCGGCUGAGACUCGCGCGAGGAGCCGUCUGGGCCCUGGGAACCCCGGGAAACUUUCUGGUCGCGAGGAGAGGACGCCCAGCACUGCGCUGCUCGGGCGAUGCGCGACUCUGCGUGGCGGCGGCGCGGACCCAGAACCGAGGACCAGAAGCGCUCCGGAUCCUAGUGCUACCCUACCCCUGUUGCUGACCAUGAAUGGGAUGGCCAACGUGAACUCUGCCAGCCGCCCACACUAUGCGUCCUCCAUCCCCGUGCCUAGAGCUUCCUCACAGACCAGGAUUCACACCCCAGGCGCCUCUCCUCAGCUGCGGCCUCGCCAGGCUGACUUGGCCCUGAGUCCCCAGCGAGCUGCCUCCCCAAGACGGGGCAAGGCUGCAGUCUCUUCUAGAAACUCAUCCCCCAAGGCCUACAGGGGAAGAGGAGGCCCCAGAACUGCUGGGACAGCCAGGGAAUUGGCUGAGAGUGUAGAAAGCCUCCCCAGCUCCCCCUGGAAUAGCCCCAGGGUGACCCCCAAAGCAACCCUCUCCAGUCCGGCAGGAUCCAGAAGAGCUGGGGAGACACAAAGCACCCAGAAGAAGAAGACCCAGGACGGAAUUCCAGUUCGCCAGACCAGAGGAAGGAGCCCGCCCCAGACGAGCUGGCAUGGAGAAACUCAAAUUUCAGGGCCCGCUGAGGGGCGAAUGCCUCCUAGCUGCCAGGGAAAAGAUCAAAGAGACAUAAACUACAAAAGCUCUAGGUCUUUGGAGCCUGGUGAAGGGGCAGCUUCAGGGACUUCCUCUCCAGUCUGCAGCCCUGUGCAGAGCAUAAGGCCAUCGCCUACUCCUGGGGCCCUUAGCUUUUCCUCAGCCCAUCAGCAGAGCCAGCCAAUCACAGCCACGGUGGCCCCCUUUCAGUACAGGUUGCAGACAGACCAGGAGCCUGGCCCCAUUCCUCAGGAAAGCUGGAGCCUUGAUGGGUACACCAGCACCCCCAGCAGGACUGAGGACAGCUUUUCCUGCACGGACGCGCGGAUCGUCCAUGCGCUCCUCGCAAGCAGAAUGCUGGGCAGCAGCGUCAAGAGCGUGCAGCCCGAGGUGGAGCUGAGCGGCGGCAGCGGCAGCGGCGGCGACGAGGGCGCGGACGAGGCUCGGGGAGCCAGCAGAAAGGCAGCCGCGGCGGACAGCAGAGGGAUGCUGCCCAAGCGCGCCAAGGCGGCAGGCGGCAGUGGCAGUAUGGCCAAGGCCAGUGCAGCGGAGCUGAAGGUCUUCAAGUCAGGCAGUGUAGACAGUCGUGUCCCCGGCGGGCCGCCAACCUCCAACCUGCGCAAACAGAAGUCUCUUACCAACCUCUCUUUUCUCACGGACUCCGAAAAAAAGCUGCAGCUGUAUGAGCCCGAGUGGAGCGAUGAUAUGGCCAAGGCACCCAAGGGUUUGGGUAAACUGGGGCCCAAGGGCCGAGAGGCUCCUCUGAUGUCCAAGACGCUGUCCAAGUCAGAGCACUCGCUCUUCCAGCCCAAAGGUGGCCCUGCGGGCGGUGCCAAGACCCCACUGGCCCCACUAGCGCCCAGUCUGGGUAAACCUAGCCGGAUUCCUCGAGGACCCUAUGCGGAGGUCAAGCCUCUCAGCAAGGCGCCCGAGGCAGCGGUGAGCGAUGAUGGCAAAUCGGAUGAUGAGCUGCUUUCCAGCAAGGCUAAAGCGCAAAAGGGCUCAGGGACCGUGCCCUCGGCCAAGGGCCAGGAGGAGCGGGCGUUCCUCAAGGUGGACCCCGAGCUUGUGGUGACAGUGCUGGGCGACCUGGAGCAGCUGCUUUUCAGCCAGAUGCUAGAUCCAGAGUCGCAGAGAAAGAGGACAGUUCAGAAUGUUCUGGAUCUCCGGCAGAACCUGGAAGAAACCAUGUCCAGCCUGCGGGGCUCCCAGGUGGCCCAUAGCUCCCUGGAGAUGACUUGUUAUGACAGUGAUGACGCCAACCCUCGCAGUGUGUCCAGCCUCUCCAACCGCUCCUCUCCUCUCUCUUGGCGCUAUGGCCAGUCCAGUCCCCGGCUGCAGGCUGGCGAUGCACCCUCUGUUGGUGGAAGCUGCCGUUCCGAGGGGCCACCAGCCUGGUACAUGCACGGGGAACGGGCGCACUACUCCCACACGAUGCCUAUGCGGAGCCCCAGCAAGCUCAGCCACAUCUCCCGCCUGGAGUUGGUGGAGUCCCUGGACUCUGAUGAGGUGGACCUCAAGUCCGGCUACAUGAGUGACAGUGACCUCAUGGGCAAGACCAUGACAGAGGAUGAUGACAUCACAACAGGCUGGGAUGAGAGCAGCUCCAUCAGCAGUGGGCUCAGCGAUGCCUCAGACAACCUCAGCUCAGAAGAGUUCAAUGCCAGCUCGUCCCUCAACUCCCUCCCAACAACUCCUACGGCUUCCCGCAGGAGCUCUACAAUAGUGCUACGCACUGACUCAGAGAAGCGCUCCCUGGCAGAGAGUGGGCUGAACUGGUUUAGCGAAUCAGAGGAGAAGGCCCCCAAAAAACUGGAGUACGACAGCGGCAGCCUGAAGAUGGAACCCGGAGCUUCAAAGUGGCGGAGAGAGCGGCCGGAAAGCUGUGAUGACUCAUCCAGGGGCGGGGAACUGAAAAAGCCCAUCAGCCUGGGGCAUCCAGGGUCCUUGAAGAAGGGCAAGACCCCACCAGUGGCUGUCACCUCGCCCAUCACUCACACAGCCCAGAGUGCUCUCAAAGUCGCAGGCAAGCCCGAAGGCAAAGCUACAGACAAGGGUAAGCUCGCAGUCAAGAACACUGGGCUACAGCGUUCCUCUUCCGAUGCCGGCCGGGACCGUCUGAGCGAUGCCAAGAAGCCCCCCUCUGGAAUUGCUCGCCCCUCUACUUCAGGAUCCUUUGGCUAUAAGAAGCCUCCCCCCACUACCGGCACAGCUACUGUCAUGCAGACAGGUAGUUCAGCCACUCUCAGCAAGAUCCAGAAGUCCUCAGGUAUCCCCGUUAAGCCAGUGAAUGGGCGCAAGACGAGCUUAGACGUGUCCAACAGUGCCGAACCCGGAUUCUUGGCUCCUGGAGCACGGUCCAACAUCCAAUACCGUAGCCUGCCCAGGCCAGCCAAGUCCAGUUCUAUGAGUGUGACUGGUGGACGGGGUGGACCUCGCCCUGUUAGCAGCAGUAUUGACCCCAGUCUCCUCAGCACCAAGCAAGGAGGCCUUACGCCCUCCAGACUGAAAGAACCGUCCAAGGUUGCCAGUGGUCGGACCACUCCGGCUCCUGUCAAUCAGACUGAUCGGGAAAAGGAAAAGGCUAAAGCCAAGGCUGUGGCCUUGGACUCAGACAACAUCUCCCUGAAGAGCACUGGCUCUCCCGAAAGCACUCCCAAGAACCAAGCCAGCCACCCUCCAGCCACCAAGUUAGCAGAGCUGCCACCUACCCCUCUCAGGGCCACAGCUAAAAGCUUUGUCAAGCCACCCUCACUAGCCAACCUAGACAAGGUCAACUCCAACAGUUUGGAUCUACCAUCUUCCAGCGACACCCAUGCCUCAAAGGUCCCAGAUCUGCAUGCUACCAGCUCAUCAACUGGGGGCCCUCUCCCCUCUUCUUGCUUCACCCCCAGUCCAGCACCCAUCCUCAAUAUUAACUCAGCCAGCUUCUCCCAGGGCCUGGAGCUCAUGAGUGGUUUCAGUGUCCCAAAGGAGACCCGCAUGUACCCCAAACUCUCAGGCCUGCACAGGAGCAUGGAGUCCCUCCAGAUGCCCAUGAGCCUGCCCAGUGCCUUCCCCAGCAGUUCUCCCAUCCCCACCCCACCUGCUGCCCCAUCAGAAGAAGAGACAGAAGAGCUGCCCUGGAGUGGAAGCCCCAGAGCCGGACAGCUGGACAGCAAUCAGCGGGAUCGAAACACCCUCCCCAAGAAAGGGCUCAGGUACCAGCUUCAGUCCCAGGAGGAGACCAAGGAGAGGCGGCACUCCCACACUAUCGGUGGACUUCCAGAAUCCGACGACCAGGCGGAGCUGCCGUCCCCCCCUGCACUCUCCAUGUCCCUGAGUGCAAAGGGCCAGCUUACCAACAUAGUGAGUCCCACUGCGGCCACCACGCCAAGAAUCACCCGCUCCAACAGCAUUCCCACCCACGAGGCGGCCUUCGAGCUGUACAGCGGCUCCCAAAUGGGGAGCACCCUGUCCCUGGCCGAGAGACCCAAGGGAAUGAUUCGGUCAGGAUCCUUCCGAGACCCCACGGAUGAUGUUCACGGCUCGGUGCUGUCUCUGGCCUCCAGUGCCUCUUCCACCUACUCCUCAGCCGAGGAGAGGAUGCAGUCUGAGCAAAUUCGGAAGCUUCGCAGGGAGCUGGAGUCAUCCCAGGAAAAAGUGGCCACCCUGACAUCUCAGCUUUCUGCCAACGCUAACCUAGUGGCUGCUUUUGAGCAGAGCCUGGUGAAUAUGACAUCCCGCCUGCGACACCUGGCAGAGACGGCUGAGGAGAAGGACACUGAGCUGUUGGAUUUGCGAGAAACUAUAGACUUUCUGAAGAAGAAGAAUUCUGAGGCCCAGGCAGUCAUUCAGGGAGCACUGAAUGCCUCAGAAGCCACACCCAAAGAGCUCCGGAUCAAGAGGCAGAAUUCCUCAGAUAGCAUCUCCAGCCUCAACAGCAUCACCAGCCAUUCCAGCAUCGGCAGCAGCAAGGACGCUGAUGCCAAAAAGAAGAAGAAGAAGAGCUGGCUUCGGAGUUCCUUCAACAAAGCCUUCAGUAUUAAAAAGGGCCCCAAGUCAGCCUCCUCCUACUCCGAUAUUGAGGAGAUUGCCACACCUGACUCCUCAGCCCCGUCCUCCCCCAAACUGCAGCAUGGCUCCACGGAGACUGCAUCCCCCUCCAUCAAGUCCUCCAACUCAUCCUCUGUGGGCGCAGAGGUCACCGAGGCCCCUGCUCAUCCAGCCCCCCACACUAGACUGUUCCAAGCCAAUGAGGAGGAGGAGCCAGAGAAGAAGGAAGUAUCGGAACUGCGCUCUGAACUCUGGGAGAAGGAGAUGAAGCUUACUGAUAUCCGGCUGGAGGCCCUCAACUCGGCCCACCAGCUGGACCAGCUUCGGGAGACCAUGCACAAUAUGCAGUUGGAGGUGGACCUGCUGAAAGCAGAGAAUGACCGGCUGAAGGUUGCCCCUGGCCCCUCCUCGGGCUCCACACCAGGGCAGGUCCCUGGGUCAUCUGCUCUGUCAUCCCCUCGCCGUUCCCUGGGCCUUGCACUCAGCCAUCCCUUCAGCCCCAGUCUCACAGAUACAGAUCUAUCACCCAUGGAUGGCAUCAGCACCUGUGGUCCAAAGGAAGAAGUGACCCUUCGGGUGGUGGUGCGGAUGCCACCCCAGCACAUCAUCAAAGGGGACUUGAAGCAGCAGGAGUUCUUCUUGGGAUGCAGCAAGGUCAGCGGCAAGGUGGACUGGAAGAUGCUGGACGAAGCCGUGUUCCAAGUGUUCCAGGACUACAUUUCUAAAAUGGACCCAGCUUCCACCCUGGGACUAAGCACCGAGUCCAUACAUGGCUACAGCCUUAGCCACGUGAAGCGAGUGUUGGAUGCAGAGCCCCCGGAGGUGCCUCCUUGCCGCCGAGGUGUCAAUAACAUUUCAGUGUCCCUCAAAGGUCUGAAGGAGAAGUGCGUCGACAGCCUGGUGUUCGAGACGCUCAUCCCCAAGCCCAUGAUGCAACACUACAUAAGCCUUCUGCUCAAGCACCGGCGCCUUGUGCUCUCCGGCCCCAGUGGUACCGGCAAGACCUAUUUGACCAAUCGGCUGGCCGAGUAUCUGGUUGAGCGCUCGGGCCGCGAGGUCACCGAUGGCAUCGUCAGCACUUUCAACAUGCACCAGCAGUCUUGCAAGGAUCUGCAACUAUACCUCUCCAACCUGGCCAACCAGAUAGACCGGGAAACAGGAAUUGGGGAUGUGCCCUUGGUGAUCCUACUGGAUGACCUGAGUGAAGCAGGCUCCAUCAGUGAGCUGGUCAACGGGGCCCUCACCUGCAAGUAUCACAAAUGUCCCUAUAUUAUAGGUACCACCAACCAGCCUGUAAAAAUGACACCCAACCAUGGCUUGCACUUGAGCUUCAGGAUGCUGACCUUCUCCAACAACGUGGAGCCAGCCAAUGGCUUUCUGGUCCGUUACCUGCGGAGGAAGUUGGUAGAGUCAGACAGUGACAUCAAUGCUAACAAGGAAGAGCUGCUUCGGGUGCUGGACUGGGUGCCCAAGCUGUGGUACCACCUCCACACCUUCCUUGAGAAGCACAGCACCUCGGACUUCCUCAUUGGCCCUUGCUUCUUUUUGUCCUGUCCCAUUGGCAUUGAGGACUUCCGGACCUGGUUCAUUGACCUGUGGAACAACUCCAUCAUUCCCUAUCUACAGGAAGGAGCCAAGGACGGCAUCAAGGUUCAUGGGCAGAAAGCUGCCUGGGAAGAUCCAGUGGAGUGGGUCCGGGACACUCUCCCCUGGCCGUCAGCCCAACAAGACCAGUCGAAACUAUACCACCUGCCCCCACCUUCUGUGGGCCCUCACAGCAUUGCCUCACCUCCAGAGGAUAGGACAGUCAAAGACAGCACCCCAAGCUCCCUGGACUCAGACCCUCUGAUGGCCAUGCUGCUGAAACUUCAAGAAGCUGCCAACUAUAUUGAGUCACCAGAUCGAGAGACUAUCCUGGACCCCAACCUCCAGGCGACACUCUGAGGGUCCAGAGGUCACCGUCACCCUGGACAGCAGAAGGCUGGCUUCAGCGUCAUUAGCUCUCCUCUCCUAUCUUCUUUCGAGGCUCUGGCUCCUCACCAGCCUCACCAGGAGAGCAGGAGGGAAGAAGAGGGCAAGAGGAGGACGGGGUCUUGGUGCUGAACCUUUGAGAACUUCCUAGUAGGGAUUGGAGGGGUGGAGUUUGGGAACUCGUGCCCCCUUAAAUACAUUUACUGGCCUCCUCUCAUGACUUUGGAGAAAAGAUGAGUCUGGGUCUUUUCUCCAAUUUUUGUUUCAUCUAUAAACUCCUGGGCUUUCUGGGGAGGGAUUCGGAAGACAUCAAAAACAAAACAACUGCAGUAAUUCCUAGCUGGUCCUCAUGAGCACCUCUGAGACAGUCACGUUCGGGGAAUCUAUAGGAGGCAGACUUUCUUGCAAACCCUUGCCGAUUCUAUCACCACUGCCAACAAUCCUCCCCCGGAGAUCUGGCCAGAGCCCAGAAAACAAAGCAUGUGGUUUAACAAACAAACAAACAAACAAA